UGUUGAAUACCUUGACGCAUUUUAGUACCCACCAAUGAUGGACGCCAACAGAAAUGCUGCUGCUGAUGGGACGAGAUGACCAUUUCACUGUUUGUUCAACAUUGGCGAAUAUUUCUUAGAAAAUCGUGCAAAUAUGUGGGGGAAGUUAGUAAAUAACUGUAAACAAUCUGUAGUCUCCAUCGUGUUUAUUUGGUUCUGGUCAAUGGAAUUCUCUAUCUUGGCUAGGAAGCGGUAUUUAAUCAGUAAACAGUAAGCAGCUCAAAACAAUAAGCAUAUGGCCAACCGGGAUUCGAAAUAGAAUUUGCAAAAGCAGGUAGCUCCCCAUGAUUGACCUAAAAAGCGCACUUUUUAGGGACAUCAGUGGUGGAAACAAGAAGGUGCAAACCUGCACAAAUCAAGGUCAAGACAGCAGGUUGAGGGCAUCUCAUGGCCACUGCACGUUUUCCCGGCAAGAGCGUAAACGCUAGCUGGAACUCCCCGACGCUGGACAGACUUGUGUGUGUAAACGGAACACCGUGGAUCUUUUACCUGCUGGAGGAGUGUGUGGAUAACAUGUGGCAGUACAGCAGCGUGGUGAUCGGUCUUCUUUCCAUGAUUUGCUUUCUGCUAUCCACUUUGCCUCAGGUCCAUGAAUCCUAUAAGAAUGCUAAAGUGGAUGAGGCCAUGUCUUUUGGCUUCCUCCUCUUCCUGUUCAGCGGUGAUGUCACCAGCUUUGUGGGCUGCUACCUCACCAAACAGUUGCCAAUUCAGGUGGUCACAGUGGUUUUCUACAUCUUUACAGACCUUAUUCUCAUCUCACAGUUUAUUUACUACAAGAUAAAGAACAACUUGAGCAGAAAGAGCCCUGUGUUAAAAUGGCUGUGCUUCCUCUGGUGUUUCACUGCAACACUUCUCCUGUUGGUUUUACCCAAACUCAUCAUAGAGAAUUUAAAAAACAAAGAAUCUCUCGGACCAAGUUCAUCUAAAACAUCGGAGGUUUCUGGCUAUGUUUGUGGAUACCUGGCCACCGUCUUUUACCUCUCAUCGCGCUUCCCGCAGCUCUAUAAAAAUUUCCAAAGGAAGUCGACCGAGGGCACCUCUUACCUGCUGUUUGCGCUGGCCAUGAUGGGCAAUGGGACGUAUGGAUUGAGCAUCAUAAUGGUGCUACCAACGCUAAAGGACUCCAAACAGAAGUUCAUCAUAAAACAUCUGGCCUGGCUCAUCGGCAGUCAGGGAGUCCUAGUUCUAGACUUUUUCGUAACGAUCCAGUUUGUUUUGUACAGGAAGAAUAAAUCAGCCAAAAGGUAUACAACACUUGUUUCACUGGAAGUGGAGCCUCUCCUGUGUGAGGAAGAAGAACUUUCAGUCUUAUAGCACACCUGAGCUUACCCACCACCUUUUGUCUGCACUUUUGUUGUAGUAUCUUGUUAGCCACAAUUCUAAUAGUACAGCACUAUACAAAUCUUGAGUUCUGGCUGCACAUCAAUAUUGGAAGACAACAUUUUGAUUUUCAACCAGCCUUGUCAUUUCUCAAUUGAGUUUAACGUCAGUAUUAUUAUUAUUAUUAUUAUUAUUGAAAGCGGCUCCUUAUGUUCACAGCCUGCCAAAUCAUGAGCAGAGGAAAUGACAACAAUUUGUUAUUAUUCAAAUUUCCUCAUUCACAGACGCAUUUUCGGCAGAUCGCAGAUUUACUUGGUUGAUUAAUUUCAAAUUUAAAGGAGGGGCUCUACAGACCCAGCUAUACAAGCAAUUUUCCAUAUGUCCCCUUUAAUUGUCCUAAUCACAGCCCUACGGAGGCAAUGUUGCAUAAUUAUGUGAUGUUGUUCUCAAAGUAUUUUAGCAUCAACUUUUAGGAGAAGUGAAAUACCUAUUUUUCUAUUAUUAUUAUUAUAUUAUUAUUAUUAUUACAGUGCAGUGUUCCUUCAGUGAAAUUAUACCUAAUAUCUCUUUAUAGUUUUUAAGUUAUGUCCUGAAAUACAAGACUGCUAUACAAACACAAGUUGACCAGGACGUCAUGCUGCCCCAUCAUGGAUAUUUCAUAUAAGUGAUACUUGGUAUAUACUUAUUGCUAUUAAAAACUAACGCACAUCUUGUCAAUGGUAAUAGGAUUAUGAUGCUACUGUGUGGAGUUAAUUUAGAUGGGAAAUAUAUUUAGACUUAUUAAUAAUACAUAAUUUUCAAUAUGUUUAUUUUCCAUGUGCACAGUACAUACAAUUACAGCCCCGUGUAAUGAAAUUCUUACUUUGGUCAUUUAUGCAAUCAGAAUAAAUAUAAUUUUAACUUUGUAGAAGUGUUUACAUAAGUAUUGUAUGCUUUUAGCAUAUUUUUUUUUAAUUGUAAAACCUAAGUGCAUCUGGCUGAUAUUGGCUGAAUAAGCAAUAAACUCAUCUGUUAAAAUA